AUGGACGCCGCCGUGGAGCGCCUCAAGACCGGCUUCGAGAAGUUCAAGACCGAUGUCUAUGACAAGCAGCCGGAUAUGUUCGAGCCGCUCAAGACCGGCCAGAAACCCAAGUACAUGGUGUUCGCGUGCGCCGACUCGCGGGUGUGCCCGUCGGUGACCCUGGGGCUGGAGCCCGGCGAGGCCUUCACCGUCCGCAACAUCUCCGCCAUGGUCCCGCCCUACUGCAAGAACAAGUACGCCGGUGUUGGGUCCGCCAUCGAGUACGCCGUCUGCGCUCUCAAGGUUCAGGUCAUCGUCGUGAUUGGCCACAGCCGCUGCGGCGGAAUCAAGGCGCUCCUGUCGCUCAAGGAUGGCGCCGACGACUCAUUCCACUUCGUCGAGGACUGGGUCAGGAUCGGCUUCCCUGCCAAGAAGAAGGUGCAGAAGGAGUGCGCCGAGAUGUCUUUCGAGGACCAAUGCGGCGCCUUGGAAAAGGAGGCCGUCAACGUGUCCCUCCAGAACCUCAACACCUACCCCUUCGUCAAGGACGCCCUGACCGCCGGAACUCUCAAGCUCGUCGGCGGCCACUACGACUUCGUCUCCGGCAAGUUCGACACGUGGGAGCUCUAGAUCUUCCCGUGCGUCGGUUAACCCCUCCUACACAUACAUAUACGUAUACAUAUGCCAAGAUAUCUUCCCCACCGACCGACCGACCGAUCGACGUGGAUGCAGUGCCAUGGAGUGCGUGCUUAUUAUUUUUUGCAGUGCCGAAUGCUGGAUGGCUCGAUGUGAAUUUGUAAUAAGCCAUAGUUGUUUCUACCAUUUUCUGACGCCCGGCUGUACGAGUGAUGCAUAAUUUGAUCGCCUUGUGAUCGAAAGACAUCUUAUAUAAUUAUUUUAAUAAUAUUUUCGCCGAGAGUUUUACCUUUU